UGUCGUUGUCUGUUGAGUUGUUCCUGGAUGAGCUUCGGCUGAGACUUGCGUGACUGUUCAGGGCUCAAGUGAUGUUCGUGCAGGCGCUUCACUACUGCUACACUACACUACGCUCCACCUACCCGAACAUCAAGACAGAGAACCGUUCGGAUACCCCUGAGUGGCAAAGGAGCAUGCAAGGCUGUACAGCAUGGCAAUAGGGAUUGGACUCGUCGCCUUCGUCCUAGCUAUUGUUGCCAUCAUAACGGUUCCAUUGGUCCGCUAUGUCAGAGUGUGGAUCAUCUUUAAUAAAUUUCACGGCCCUCCCGCCAUCCCGUUGCUAGGCAACACUCACCAGUUCAAGCAGGAUCCAAAUGAACUGGUUGAGCAAGUUAAUAAUUGGGUGGAGGACUACAGGUCUAAGUCCAAGGGACUGAUGCGGCUUUGGCUUGGUCCUUUCCCUUGUCUUUUUAUCUACAAUCCACAGUAUGCUGAGCAAAUCCUGAGUAGUAGUCGUCACAUCAAGAAGGGAUUCGUCUACACAUUCUUGGAGCCUUGGCUUGGCUUAGGUCUUCUUACAAGCACUGGUGAAAAAUGGUUUCAUCGCAGAAAGAUGCUUACUCCAACGUUCCACUUCGCCAUCCUGAACAGUUUCAUUGAGGUGUUUGACGAGCAGAGUAAGAUCUUGUGCCGCAAGUUUGACGAGAUUGCUCAAAAGGAGGAGCCGGUCAAUGUCUGCCCCCUGGUCACUCUCUGUGUUCUGGAUGUUAUAUGUGAGACUGCAAUGGGGAAGCAGUUAAAUGCUCAAGAAGAAAGCAACAAUGAUUAUGUGAAUGCAGUUAUCAGAAUGAGUGAUGUUAUCCAGGAGAGACAGAAGAAACCGUGGUUUUGGCCAGACCCGCUCUUUGACAACACAAAGUCAGGCAAGGAGCAUUCCGAGUGCCUGCGGAUUCUGCAUAAAAUGACAAAUACACUGAUUGAUGAAAGAUCAAAUGAAGCAAAAGGGAGAGUGGAUGGCAAUGACAAUGAUGGCCCAAAGAAACGAAUUGCCUUCUUAGAUCUACUGCUGAAGAUGCAGCAAGAUGAUCCAAGUUUCACUAAGAGUGAUAUACGGGAGGAGGUGGACACCUUCAUGUUUGAGGGCCAUGACACAACAGCUGCUUUGGCCUCUUGGGCAUUAUUCCUCAUUGGACAUCAUACCAAAGUACAAAAGAAGUUACAUCAGGAAGUCGAUAGUGUCUUUGGUGACAGUGACAGAGCAGUAACGGCUGACGAUCUUCAGAAGCUUCCGUACCUAUCAUGUGCUCUCAAGGAAUCCCUGAGGAUAUUUCCUUCCGUUCCUAUCAUAGGACGUGACCUUGAAGAAGACUGUACCAUCGAUGGUAAGACAGUCCCCAAAGGAACCCUUCUCAUCAUCGCCAUAGGAUCCCUUCAUCGAGAUCCCACGCAGUUCCCUGACCCGUUAGUGUUUGAUCCUGAUAGAUUCUUGCCAGAGGUGUCUUCCAAGAGACAUCCCUUCUCCUAUGUACCCUUUUCUGCUGGCCCAAGGAAUUGUAUUGGUCAACGAUUUGCCCUAAUGGAAGAAAAGGUAUUGGUUGCGAACAUUCUGCGCCGUUUCUCCCUGGAGUCAACCCAGUCUCUCAAGGACACCAUGCCCAUCGCCGAGUUGAUCCUGCGACCCUCGGAAGGCAUUAUCCUGAAGAUCACACACAGGAAGUAACAAGGAUCGGGUCUUUCGAUAAGCCAUU